CUGGUGGAGUUUAUCACUAUGUGAUAAGUAGUUGUUGUGACUUUUAACUUAGGAUCUAACCCCAAAAUAGUUUGUAAUCGUUUUAUACCAAAAUCUUAAACAAUAUUUUUUGUGAAUAGAUCUAGUUAUGAUUGUUAAAGUAUAGAAUAUGAUCUCCAUGCAUCCCACGGGUGUUACUGUAUGAUGGAGAUGAACAAGUUUUGGUUCGUUGAAACUUGAACCAAUGAAACGAAGAUGCUGCGUCCUAGGUGGCAAGCGGAGAGAGCGCCAACGAAGCAGUUACAGACGGUAGAUAGAGAGAGAGAGAGAGAGAGAGAAACCGAAAAAAGUUUGAAGAAGAAACGACGAACAAGUGAAAAUCUCGUGAUUCCAUGAAUCAUAUUUCGUUUUCUUCCUUCCACACUUCUAGACAGACUACUACAGUCUAGUCCACUGAACUGAUCAAUCUCUCUCUCUCUCGAUCGAUAAUGGCUUCUUCGACAAUGCGGUUCCCUGUGAAUUCCACCACCACGGAGGCGUUUCCUCGCUGCAAUUCCAUCUCCGGAUUCAUCGGCACCGCUUCCAGAUCCUCCUCUUUCUCCAAGCUGCUCUUCAUCCGAAGAACUGCCAACUCUCACGCUCUCAAUCUCACUAGAACAACAAGCUCUUUCUCCGUCAACUGUGUCUCUCUGCAGGAUCCUGAUCCUCAACUGAAGCAAGAAGCUACAACCUCUCUGAGCUCAUUCGCUCCAGAUGCUUCAUCUAUCGCGUCGAGUAUUAAGUACCAUGCAGAGUUCACCCCUUUGUUUUCUCCAGAGAAUUUUCAUCUUCCACAAGCUUUCUUUGCAACUGCACAGAGUGUUCGCGAUACUCUCCUAAUAAACUGGAAUGCUACUUAUGAUUACUAUGAGAAGCUGAAUGUUAAGCAGGCAUAUUACCUUUCAAUGGAAUUUUUGCAGGGUAGAGCAUUAUUAAAUGCAAUUGGCAACCUAGAGCUAAAUGGUCCCUAUGCAGAGGCUUUGAGCAAGCUCGGGCAUAAAUUAGAAGAUGUGGCAGGCCAGGAGCCAGAUGCUGCACUUGGAAAUGGGGGUCUUGGGCGUCUUGCUUCAUGUUUCUUGGACUCUUUGGCAACCUUGAAUUAUCCAGCAUGGGGUUAUGGAUUGAGAUAUAAGUAUGGCUUAUUUAAACAGCUCAUAACCAAGGAUGGGCAGGAGGAAGUUGCUGAAGAUUGGCUUGAGAUGGGCAGCCCCUGGGAGAUUAUUAGAAAUGACGUCUCAUAUCCUGUAAAGUUCUAUGGGAAGGUUAUUUCAGGGUCAGAUGGAAAAAAACAUUGGACUGGAGGAGAAGAUAUUAAAGCCAUUGCACAUGAUGUUCCCAUACCAGGAUAUAAAACUAAAACCACAAUCAACUUGAGACUUUGGUCUACGAAAGCUGCAUCAGAAGAUUUUGAUUUAUAUGCUUUUAAUUCUGGAAAGCACACUGAAGCCAACGAGGCUCUUGCAAAUGCUGAAAAGAUUUGCUACAUACUCUAUCCUGGGGAUGAAUCAACAGAAGGGAAGAUCCUUCGCCUGAAGCAACAAUAUACUUUAUGUUCUGCUUCUCUUCAAGAUAUCAUUGCUCGUUUUGAGAGAAGAUCAGGAGCAAGCGUGAAUUGGGAAGAGUUUCCUGAAAAGGUUGCAGUGCAGAUGAAUGAUACUCACCCAACCUUAUGCAUCCCAGAGCUUAUGAGAAUACUAAUAGAUGUGAAGGGUUUGAGCUGGAAGGAUGCUUGGAAUAUCACUCAACGGACUGUAGCAUACACAAACCAUACUGUUCUUCCUGAGGCAUUAGAGAAAUGGAGCUUGGAGCUUAUGCAGAAACUGCUUCCACGUCAUGUUGAGAUUAUAGAAAUGAUUGAUGAGGAGCUUAUUCGGACCAUAAUCGCAGAAUAUGGCACAGAAGAUUCAGAGUUACUGGGAAAAAAGUUGAAGGAAAUGAGAAUACUAGAUAAUGUUGAAUUGCCUGCAGAAUUCGCGGGUAUACUGGUUAAGGAGGCCAUUGACAUUCCUAGUGAGGAGCUGCAAAAUUCUGAACAAGAAGUGGACGAAGAAAAUCAUGAUGAAGAAGUGGAAGAAACAAUAGCUAAACAGGAUGGGAAAGAUAAAAUUUCCAUUGAGGAUAAGAAAGAAGAGUUGCCUGAGCCAGUACCAGAACCACCUAAAGUGGUUCGUAUGGCCAAUCUCUGUGUUGUGGGUGGUCAUGCAGUGAAUGGGGUUGCAGAGAUACACAGUGAAAUUGUAAAGGAUGAAGUGUUCAACGCAUUUUAUAAGUUGUGGCCUGAGAAAUUCCAAAACAAAACAAAUGGUGUGACACCAAGGAGAUGGAUCAAGUUCUGUAAUCCAGAUUUGAGUAAAAUAAUAACCGAGUGGAUAGGCACUGAGGAUUGGGUCCUAAAUACUGAAAGGCUGUCUGAACUACGAAAGUUUGCAGAUAAUGAGGAUCUACAAAUGCAAUGGAGGGAAGCAAAGAGGAAUAACAAGAUUAAAGUUGCAGCAUUCCUGAGAGAAAAAACAGGAUAUUCCGUCAGUCCUGAUGCAAUGUUUGACAUCCAGGUGAAGAGAAUCCAUGAAUAUAAGCGGCAAUUAAUGAAUAUUUUGGGAAUUGUUUAUCGCUACAAGAAGAUGAAAGAAAUGAGUGCUGCAGAAAGGAAAGAAAAAUUUGUUCCAAGAGUUUGCAUAUUUGGGGGAAAAGCAUUUGCUACUUAUGUGCAAGCCAAGAGAAUUGUGAAAUUUAUAACAGAUGUUGGGGCUACUGUAAAUCAUGAUCCUGAAAUAGGAGAUCUUCUUAAGGUUAUUUUUGUCCCUGAUUACAAUGUCAGUGUUGCGGAGAUGCUUAUUCCAGCUAGUGAAUUGUCACAGCAUAUCAGUACUGCUGGAAUGGAGGCGAGUGGAACUAGCAACAUGAAAUUUGCAAUGAAUGGAUGCAUACUGAUUGGAACUUUAGAUGGUGCCAAUGUUGAAAUAAGGGAAGAGGUUGGUGCAGACAACUUCUUCCUCUUUGGUGCCAAGGCUCAUGAAAUUGCUGGGCUGAGGAAAGAAAGAGCCGAGGGAAAGUUUGUCCCUGAUCCACAAUUCGAAGAAGUUAAAGAAUUCGUCAGAAGUGGUGUUUUUGGAUCUUACAACUAUGAUGAAAUGAUUGGAUCCUUAGAAGGAAAUGAAGGUUUUGGUCGAGCAGAUUACUUUCUUGUGGGGAAGGACUUCCCCAGCUACAUAGAAUGCCAAGAGAAGGUUGAUGAAGCUUAUAGGGACCAAAAACUAUGGACGAGAAUGUCAAUAUUGAAUACAGCAGGCUCACCCAAGUUUAGCAGCGACCGCACCAUUCAUGAGUAUGCCAGGGAUAUAUGGAACAUUGAGCCAGUAAAAUUGCCGUAGAGGAGAGUUAUUCUACUAGCAGAGAAUUGGUGCCAUGUGGUAAUGUGAUCACAGUUUAAGCUAAGUUAUUACUUGUACCAAAAAAUAAAUAGAAGUUCUUGCGAAAAAAGGCGCUUGGUGGCCGAAAUAAGCCUGCAUUUCUGUAGUGCAAUGUACCCACCAAAAUAAGCCUGCAUUUCUGUAAUAUAAUGUACUGUGUUUAUCAAGUUCGACUGUUGCCCAAAUGACAUGGCAAAUGCAAGGUAAACUUGGGACCGAGUAGGAUGUAUUUGGAUUCAAGUUGAGAUUGACUUAAACACACAUUCAAGCCAAGGGAAAAAGAGGUUCCUUUCA